UCACCAGAGGAUGGAGGGACUUACAAGUGUAAUGCCGUGAAUGAGCUCGGCGACAGCAAUGCAAACAUCGUUCUGAAUCUUCAGGGUGCCGAAGAAGGCCCUUCCUUUACGCAGAAACCAAAAAUCAUUCCAAAAGAGAAUGGGAAACUUAUUCUAAUGGAAUGCCAUGUGAAAUCCAAAUCAGCCCUUAAGGUCACGUGGUACCAAGGAAACAAAGUUGUACAAGAAUCGAUUCGUUUCAAAAGUUCAAUCGUUGAACUACGUGGCAAUGAAUACAAAGUUGCACUUGAAAUCAGAGAUCCAACCUCAAAAGAUGGCGGAGCUUAUAAGUGCAAUAUUAUGAACGAUGAAGGAGAGAUUAAUGCUAACCUCAGCCUAAACAUCGAAGGUGAUAGAAUUGAGGGAGAUGCUCCCACAUUUGUGGAGAAGCCCAAGAUUAUAUCCGAAGAUGAUGGAAAACGCAUUAUCAUGGAAUGUAAAGUGAAAGCCAGUCCUAAACCAACAAUCACGUGGUACCUGGAUAAUGUCGUCAUCAAGGAAACAAACAGAAUAGUACAGACAGUAAAGCAAGACAAAGACGUCUACCUCAUUAGACUAGAGCUCAAGAGUCCAGAAUUGACCGAUGCUGGAUUGUACAAAUGUAACGUUGCAAAUGUUGCUGGUGAGAGUAACGCUAAUCUGACGCUCAAUAUUGAACUUGCUCCUGUGAUACGGGAAAAGCCGAGGGUAAUUCGUCGCGAGAAGGAGGAGAAAGUGAUUAUAGAAUGCCACGUCAAAUCGAAUGCUCAACCUGAGUGUGUAUGGUUCAAGGAGAACUCUAUGGUUAAGCAGGACGCCAAGCAUAAGAUUGAAAUAAGGAAGGUCGAAAAAGGCGAAUACGCUGUGAAGCUGGAGAUUGACAAGCCAUCUAUUUUGGAUAAAGGUCUGUAUAAGUUGCAGGCCAAGAACGAGAAGGGCGUCAUAGCCUCCGAAGCAAUCAAAGUUUCUUUGGAAGAUGAAACCAAGGAAGAAGAGGAGGAAAAAAAGAAGGAUACGAAAAAGAUAGAAGAAAAGAAAGAGGAGAAGAAAACAGCCGAAAAGAAAACGCUGGAGAAAAAAGAAGAACAAAAAGAAGUUGUCAAAAAAGUCACAGAUAAGAAGGAAGAACAAGUAACAAAGAAAACUGUAGAGAGAAAAGACCAGGAAGAAAUAAGAAAAACAACUGAGAAAAAAGAAGGAAAAGAAAUUUCUAAAGUGCAAGAAAAGAAAGAAGAACAGGUUAAGACAACAUUUGAUAAAAAAGAAGAACAAAAGGAAAUUAAGAAAACAUUCGAUAAGAGAGAAGAAUCCAGUGAAGUAAGGAAGACAUUAGACAAAAAAGAAGAACAAAGAGAAGUGAGAAAGACUACAGAGAAAAAAGAAGAGCAGAAAGAGUUAAGAAAAACGGUUGAUAAAAAAGAAGAACAAAAAGAAUUAGUCACCAAAAAGCAGUUGGAAUCGAAAGACGAAAGAAGAGAUAGUCUUCAAAAGAAGGAUGAUGUAUCUAAGAGACAAAUUGGAACGAAACAGGAAGAAAUUAAAAAACAGGAAGAAAUUAAAAAACAGGAACAAAUUAAGAAACAGGAAGAAAUUAAGAAACAGGAAGAAACUAAGACGCAAGCUGCUAAGAAGGAAUUGCAAAAGAAAGAAGUAAGUGAAAAAACUUCAAGACUUGACCAAAAGGAGGCAACAAAACCAGAGUCUAAGCCUGCAGAAGAGCCUAAAACCUUUGGCUUAAAGAAACCUCUUUCUAAAACUGAAACUGAAAAAACUGAAGAACCAGGCAAAGCGCCAGCAAAAAGGACUUUUAAAAAGCCAGCUCCUGGAGAAGCACCUAAGGAAGAAUUAGGAAAAAUUGUUUUGAAGAAACGAGUGGGAGAGCCUCCAAAAAUCACGAAACCUUUAGAAGCGAAGGUUGUUGAUAUUGGAAAAUCAGCUGAAUUUGUGUGUGAAGUUGAAUCAAAAGAAAGAGCCAGCGUGACGUGGUACAAGAAUAAGCACGUUAUUGAUGAGCCGAUGUCAUAUAAAAUGAAUUUCGACGGUAAGAAGGCGUCCAUUUUUAUGCAGAGAACCACAGCUUCAUUCAACGGCGUCUACUGUUGCGAAGUCUCCAACUCGUUCGGAAAAGUGGAGACAGAAGCAACCCUAUUCAUUAAAGAACCGGGUAUGAAAAUGCCGGACCUGAAAGACUUAGAAGUUCGUAAAAUUGCUCCUCUAGAGCCAGUACCCGUCAUUGAGUACGAUCAGGCACCCGAAAGGAAAAAGGCUGAAGUGAAGAAAGUUGUCAAAAAGAAAAAGAAAGUUCCUGGUAAAACAGAUGCCCCUGAAGAGGAAGAAUCCCCCGAGAAGGAAACGACACCACCAGUUCCAGAGAUAACUGCAGACGACCAGGGCAAAAAAGGUGGAAGAUCUCCAGUCACGAUCGUCAAGGAAGCCACACCAGAACCUCCAGUUCGAAAGAACUCUUUGGAACCCCCUGCUCCCGGAAGCAGGAGAGGUUCUGGGAGCAGUCUUAUGCCUUUUACGCCACCUGGUGGUGGCCGAAGAGGCUCUAUCACAUUUGUGGCAGAUGAAAAAGGCCUAUUAACAGAUGAUAAAGGACAAGUUCAAAAGUUACGACCUGGAGAAGUACUUGAAGUAAGACAAAAAAGAAAAACAAGUACCGACACGCGAAGAGCAAGUGUUUCUGAAAUGGAAGAACGUAUUGACAAACCAUCCACACCAUUGAAACCCACUCCAGGUGACGAAGAAUGCCCUCCCACAAUAGUCGAUUACCAAGAAAAUGUCACAGCUGUUGAAGGAGCCACGGCCUACUUGUGUAUACAGGUGGAAGGUAACCCCCCUCCUGAGUUCAGAUUCUACAAAGGUGAGUCUGAAAUAUUCGAAGGGGGUCGUUACAAAGUGGUGACAGAUGGAGAGACCAAUUCCGUCUAUUUCUGCAUCCGAAAGGCAAAGUCAUCUGACGAGGGAAGAUACAAGAUUGUGGCUUACAACAAACUGGGUGAAGAUAGCAUUGAACAAAGCUUGUUUGUUUCAGAUGAGAGUGGAAUGGAUUUUAGAGCGAUGUUGAAGAGGAGGCAAUAUGCAAAGUGGGGAAAAGGUGAUGAAGAUCCAGAUUGGGGUGGUUUGAAGCCUGGUGAACAAGAAAGACGACCGUCCAUUGGAAAUCUCAAAAAAGCAGACUUUUUUGUAAAGAAGAUAGAAGAUCAACACAUCAAAGAAGGACGAGACAAGAAAGUUCGAUUUGAAGCCGUGUUCUCUAGGAGCAACGCCAAAGCCAAAUGGUUCAAAAACAAACAAGAGAUCUACAUGGGGAAGAGAUACCAUAUAUCUGCCCAGGGUGACCUCCAUGUCUUGGAGAUUAACCAGCCAACGAUGGAUGACGAGGCUCGAUACACCAUACAAAUCAAUGAAGUCUCAUCCGCUGCUUAUUUGGAAGUGGACGCACCUGAUCCAGUUUUCAAAAUUAUAAAAAAAUUACCCCCAAGAGUUGAACAAUACACUAUGAAAGAAGCAGUUAUGGAAUGUACAUGCAAUUCUUCAAAAGCUCCAGUCAAAUGGUACAAAGGAAAUCAAUUGAUUCAGUCUAGUGAACGAUAUGUUUUGGAUUCUGACACCUUUGGACACAAGACACUGAAAAUUCAAAUGUGUCGUCUCGAAGACACCGGGGAUUAUACGUGCAAAAUUAAUGAAGAAGAAAAAACUUCUACAAAGCUCAUCGUUUCAGAGCAACAAUACCAGUUCCUGCGCCCUCUGAAAAGUAUGAAAGUGAUGGAAAAAGAAAAAGUGGUGUUGGAGUGUGAAGUCGAUGAAUAUGACGCCAUGGUGAAAUGGUUCAAAGGAGAUCAAGAACUUGUCAAAAGCAAAGACAAAAAAUUCGACAUUACUCAAGAAGGUAGGAAGAGAAGGCUCAUAUUUAAAAGUGCAAAACUGGCUGAUGAGGGGGAAUACACCUGCAAAACGAAUGCCGACACCACAACUGCUGAAUUAAUCGUGGAACCUUCGAACAGAUUUGUAAAGAAAUUGAAAGAUACAUCGGCAGUCGAACGUGAUCAGGUUGUUCUGGAAAUAGAACUGAUGGACAAGAAGGCCCCGGCGGAAUGGUUUAAGGAUGGCCAACCCAUAAAGUCUUCAACUAAUAUUGUUCUCAAGUCCUUCGGUGAUGGUAGACAUCAUCUGAUCAUAAACAAUUGCCAAAUUGAUGAUGCUGGUGAAUAUGAGUGCAGAAGUAAGGAACUCUCCACAAGCGGCAGACUGGCUGUGGGAGAAGGAGAGAAACCUCCAAAAAUCAGCAGAGACAAAACAGAAUUCACUGGUGAUGCUAACAAGCCUUUGACAGCAGAAAUUCCAUUCACAAUUCCAGGAACGAAGGUGUCUGACAUUGCCUCUAAGCUUCUCCGAAACGGGAAACCAACCAAAGAUGUAGAGGUAGCAGUGAGAAACGACAAAGUUGUCAUUAUUUUCAGGAAACCACCAAGAGAAGCCAGUGGAGACUACGAACUGUGUCUCUCGAACGCCACUGGAGAAGACAAAAUAAAGUUGAACUUCAAUUUCGUUGAUGUCCCUCAGCCACCUCUAGGACCGCUGGAUGUGACAGACGUUUUCAGAGACCGAUGCAAGCUCUCUUGGAAGCCCCCCUUGGAUACCGGUGGCAUGCCCCUCAGCCAUUACAUGGUGGAGAUGCAGGACAUGGGAGCAAGGGGUGGAUGGCUGGAAAUAGGGACCACGGAAAACACCAACUUCGACGUGACUGGACUGGUGAAUAAAAAGGAGUACAAAUUCCGGGUGAGGGCAGUCAAUAAGAAAGGAGCUUCAGAUCCAUUGGCCUGUGCUAAACCAAUCAUCGCUAAGGAUCCCUACGAUGAACCUUCAAAGCCGGGAAAUGCAGAGGUCACAGAUUGGGAUUUAGAUAUGGUUGAACUUCAAUGGACUCCUCCAGCAAAAGAUGGCGGAUCACCCAUAACCGGUUACGUCAUCGAAUAUAAAGACAAAUUCUCUAAAGAAUGGUCUAAAGGGGCCGAAUUACCAUCAACAGCUACUAAAGGUAAAGUGGAAGGUUUGAAAGAAGGUGUCCAGUAUGAAUUCCGCAUCAGAGCUGUGAACAAAGCUGGACCAGGUGAACCCAGUGACCCAACGAAACCCAUCAUUGUAAAAGCCCGAUUCGUGAAACCGUUUAUCAUUACUGAGAUGAUAAAUGUGGUUGUAAAGAAGGGGCAGACGAUUAAAUAUGACAUCAACAUCGGGGGAGAACCACCGCCCGAUAUCAAAUGGGAUAUCAAUGGAACAGAAAUAAGUGGAUCAAAAAGGAUAUCCAUUGAUAAAUCUGCCAAAAAUACCAUUCUCACGAUUAAAGAUGCCGAAAGAGCUGAUUGUGGAAAAGUAACCCUAACCUUAACUAACCAAAUAGGUUCUUGUUCUGCAAAAGCUGACAUUGUCGUUCUGGACAAACCUAUGAGGCCAGCGGGUCCAUUGCAGAUUGAGGAGGUCAGAGCUGAAAAAGCUGUCAUCAAAUGGGAUGCACCGAAGGACACGGGUGGCAGCGAGAUCGAAGGCUACCUCAUUGAGAAGCAAGAUACAGAGACUGGACGAUGGGUGCCAGCUGGAGAAGUCGGUCCCCACGAUCGAAAGUUCACUGUCGAACCUCUCACUCCCAAAAAGAAGUACAAUUUCAGGGUGAAGGCAAAGAACAAGGAGGGAGAAGGCGAACCUCUCACAUCAGAUAAACCCACUCUGGCCAAGAAUCCAUACGAUGAACCAGCCAAGCCAGGCAGACCGGAAAUAGCCGACUACGAUAACACGAUGGUCGAUCUGAAGUGGUCAGCCCCAUCGAGUGAUGGGGGUGCUCCCAUCACCGGUUACGUCAUCGAGAUGAAAGACAAACUGAGCAACGAUUGGAAGGAAGUGUUGAAGACAGAGGGUGACAAAUGCCAGGGAAAAGUCACCAAUCUUCAAGAGAAUGCGAACGUCCAGUUCAGAGUGAAGGCUGUCAACAAGGCCGGACCUUCAGAGCCCAGUUCAGAAACUCCGCUACAUAUUGUCAAACACAGAAACCUGAAACCGUACAUUGAUCGAACGAAUUUGAAUAAUGUGGUUCUGAAAGUGGGAAGGUCCCACAAGUUUGAAGUGGACAUCCGUGGUGAACCGCCUCCCAAAGUGACGUGGACAUUUGGUGAUGAUAUCAAGCUAACUAAUAACGACAACAUCAAAAUAGAUAACAGAGACUAUCAUUCUGAUCUUUAUCUUAAUAAACUAACAAGAAAACAGUCGGGGAAAUAUGUUAUCACCGCUACUAACGCUUCUGGGAAAGACAGCGUAACAGUAGAUGUCACAGUAUUAGGCACACCUACCAAACCAGAAGGACCACUAAAAGUGUCGGAUGUUCACAAAGAAGGCUGCAAGUUGAAAUGGAGCAAGCCCAAAGACGAUGGCGGGUUGCCCAUUAAGCAGUAUGAAAUAGAGAAACUGGACAAAGACACCGGUCGAUGGACAAGAUGUGGAAAGACUGACCAGCCGGAGUUCGACGUGACGGGACUGACGCCAGGUAAAGAGUAUCUCUUCCGCGUGGUUGCAGUGAACGAUGAAGGCGAGUCUGAACCGCUGGAGACUCUGGAACCAAUUGUUGCUAAGAACCCCUACGAUGAGCCGGGUAAGCCUGGCACUCCACAAAUCGUCGAUUACGACAACAUCAAAGUGGACUUGAAGUGGGACAAGCCCAAGUCCGAUGGCGGUGCACCCAUCACCAAAUACAUCAUUGAGAAGAAACUGAAGACCAGUCCGGACUGGGAGAAGGCACUCGAGGUGCCGGGAGACAAAUUGCAGACAGAUGUGGCCGAUUUGAAAGAAAGACAGGAAUACCAGUUCAGGGUCAUAGCUGUCAACAAAGCCGGUCCUAGUGAACCUAGUGACGCCACAAAGAUGCACCUUGUGAAGCACCGAAGACUGAAGCCAUACAUAGAUCGCAGCAACCUGGAUACCAUAACAGUGAAGAAAGGAAAGGUAAUAAAACUGGAAGUGAAUGUGAGAGGAGAACCUCCCCCCACCAUUACCUGGAAACUGAAGGAUAAGGUUGUAAAAACUGCCGACAACAUCGAAGUAACGGGUGAAGACUACAAGACCAGAAUCACAAUUAAUGAUGCACAAAGGAAGGAUACUGGCCUUUACACAAUACACGCUGAAAACGAAGUAGGAAAAGACGAGGCUCAAGUUGAAUUUGUCGUUUUAGCUGCUCCCAGCAGACCGACGGGUCCACUAAAGGUGAGUGACGUCACAGCCAAGGGUUGCAAGUUGAAAUGGUCCAAACCUGAGGAUGACGGCGGCAAACCCAUAGCUGGAUAUGCCGUAGAAAAACUUGACACGUCGACCGGAAACUGGGUGCCUGUAGGGAAAACAGACAUUCCAGAGAUGGACAUCACAGGACUGACUCCAGGAAAGGAAUACCAGUUCCGUGUGAAAGCGAUAAAUCCCGAAGGAGAAUCGGAGCCUUUAGUGACUGACAGAGCUACGCUUGCAAAGAACCCAUACGACGAACCAGGUGCACCCGGUACUCCAGACAUUGUUGACUGGGACGAGAAUCACGUGGAUCUCAAGUGGACUCCACCCAAGAAUGAUGGGGGAGCUCCCAUCACUGGUUAUAUCGUUGAAAAGAAGGAGCGUUACGGAUCUGGUUGGGAGCCUUGCCUCACCACCAGCAGUCCCAAACCGGAGGCAAAGGUGGAGGGAUUGCAGUAUGGUAACAAUUAUCAGUUUAGAGUGAAGGCCGUCAACAAAGCCGGACCCGGUGAACCCAGUGAGCCCACUAAAUCUCAUACUUCUAAGCCUAGAUACCUUGCUCCUAAAAUUGUUCGUGACAAUUUGCAACAAAUUGUUGUUAAAGCUGGACAAAGUGUAAAAUUGGAUGUCGAAGUCAUUGGUGAACCACCACCCACAUGUACCUGGUCUUUUGGAGGAAAACCAGUAGAAAUUGGUGACUCAAUCAAAGUGGACAACGAAGAGUACAUGACACACCUGAAUAUUAAAAAUGGCGUCCGUAAACAGUCUGGAAAGUACAAAUUAACAGCAGUAAACAGUUCGGGCAAGGACGAAGAAGAUGUUGAAAUCGUAUUCUUAGACAAGCCCUCCAGGCCAGAAGGGCCCAUCGAAGUGUCAGAUGUGCACGCGGAAGGAUGUAAACUGAAAUGGAACAAACCGAAGGACGACGGUGGCACUCCCAUUACAGGAUACGUCCUGGAAAGAAUGGAUCCCACUACAGGCAGGUGGAUACCAGCUGGAAGAGCAGACAAAGAUACGACAGAGGCACCCAUUACGGGCCUGGACCCGGGAAAGAAAUAUCAGUUUAGGGUGAAGGCAGUGAAUGACGAAGGAGAAUCAGAUCCUUUAGAGACAGAACGGGCGACAUUGGCUAAAAAUCCAUAUGAUGAACCAGGUCCACCGGGUCUACCUGAGAUCAAGGACUAUGACACAGACUUCGUGGAACUUAAGUGGGAACCACCCAUGAGGGAUGGUGGAGCCCCCAUUACAGGAUACAUUGUUGAAAAGAAAGAUAAGUACAGUCCUGAUUGGGUACCGGUGAAAGAAGUGGAAGGAAACAUUCCAAAAGCUAAAGUAACGGGAUUAAAUGAGGGAGACAAAUACGAAUUCAGAGUGAGAGCUGUGAAUAAGGCAGGACCUGGAGAACCCAGUCAAUCGACUGCUCCACAUCUAUCCAAACCAAAGAACUUGAAACCCCGAAUUGACAGAACGAAUCUCAAAGAUAUCGUGGUCAAAGCUGGACAGAUGGUUAACUUCGAUGUGGACGUAAUUGGUGAACCACCCCCGAAGAUCCAGUGGCACUUCGGACAGAGACGCAUCGAGGAUGGAGAUGUGCAUAAUAUAACAAAUGUGGACUAUAACACUAAAUUCUGUUUGCCAAAAGCAACGAGAAAGGAUACCGGAAAGUACAUCAUAACCGCUACCAAUCCUUCAGGAAGUGACGAAGCGGAAGUAGAAAUAACAGUAUUAGGUAAGCCAAUGAGGCCAAAUGGUCCACUUGAAGUAUCUGACGUUAAAAAAGAAGGUUGCACAUUGAAGUGGAAGAAACCGGAUGAUGAUGGGGGCACUCCCAUUGAAUAUUACGAGAUAGAGAAGAUGGAUACAGAGACAGGAAUGUGGGUUCCUGCAGGCAGAUCCACAGAACCCAAGUUCGACGUCAAGAAUUUAGUUCCCGGAAAGAAUUACAAGUUCAGAGUGAGGGCUGUCAACAAAGAAGGGGAUUCAGAUGAAUUAACGGCAGAUAAAGCUAUCUGUGCAAAGAAUCCUUUCGAUGAACCAGGCCAACCGGGUCGACCUGAACCUACUGACUGGGACAAUGAUCACGUGGAUUUGAAAUGGAAGGCACCUGAAAAAGACGGUGGAGCACCCAUCACCGGUUACAUCAUCGAAAAGAAAAAGAAGGGCACUUACAAGUGGCACAAAGCGAAGGAGACGUCAGGUCCUGGCACUAGUGCAACAGUGCCAGAACUGGAGGAAAGAGAAGAAUAUGAAUUCCGCGUCAUAGCUGUCAAUAAAGCUGGACCCGGUGAACCCAGUGAACCAUCUAGAUCAGUCAUUGCUAAACCGAGAUCACUUGCGCCUCGAAUCGAUCGUACGAAUCUGAAUAGUAUCGUGAUCAAAGCUGGAAACGUGGUGAAGCUGGAGGCGGACGUGAAGGGAGAACCUCCGCCGAAGAUCACGUGGAGUUUCAAAGGGGAACCUCUGGUGACCGGUGAGAAGGUUAAAAUCGACAAUGAGGAAUACCACACCCUCUUCAUAUUAAGCAAGACCAAGAGAUCAGAUACUGGGAAAUAUGUUGUGACAGCUGUUAAUGAUGCUGGAAAAGAUGAAGUCGAAGUGGAAAUAACAGUACUGGGUAAACCGAGCAAACCGAAAGGCCCUCUCGAAGUUUCUGAUGUUCAUGCUGAGGGUUGCAAGUUGAAGUGGGAUAAGCCAGAAGACGAUGGUGGCCAACCUAUCAAAGAAUAUGUUGUGGAAAAGAUGGACACAGAUACUGGUAGAUGGAUUCCAGUGACCACCACUAAAGAUCCAGAAGCAGAAAUAUCGGGUUUGAUUCCAGGGAAGGAAUACAAAUUCAGAGUGAAGGCUGUCAACCCAGAGGGAGAAUCAGAACCGUUGGAGACAUCGACUGGAACAGUAGCCAAAAAUCCGUUCGAUGAGCCCGGGAAACCUGGAAAACCCACAGCUGAAGACUGGGCCAAACAUUACGUAGAUCUGGUUUGGAAACCACCCGCAAGCGAUGGUGGCGCCCCCAUUACAAGUUACGUCAUUGAAAAGAAGGACAAAUUCAGCACGAAAUGGCAAAAGGCCACAGAGACCAUAGGAGAUAAAUGUGAGGCCCGAGUCUCGGACCUCAUUGAAGGAAUGGAAUACAAUUUCCGGGUCAGAGCCGUUAAUAAGGCUGGACCAAGUGAGCCCAGUGACCCAAGUUCACCAGUCACGGCAAAACCCAGAUUCUUGGCUCCUCAUAUAUCUGGCCUGAAAGACAUGACCGUUAGAGUGGGACAGACGGUGCGCUUCGAUGCCAAAAUCACGGGUGAGCCACCCCCGAAGAAACUCUGGUUCUGCGGAACGGAACAGCUGAAGACAGCUGGAAGGACGACACUUGAGACUGAAGAAUACAGAACUAAAGUGAUCCUCAACACAGUGGAGAGGAAGGACAGUGGUGAAUAUCGUCUGUGUGUUGAAAAUACAUCUGGGAAAGAUGAAGCUACCGUCACCCUGCUGGUCCUCGACAAACCUGGCAAGCCUAAAGGACCGUUGGAUAUAAUUGAUGUUUCUGCAGAAGGGUGCAAGUUGAAAUGGAAAGAACCAGAAGAUGACGGUGGAGUACCCAUUGAACACUAUGCCGUGGAAAAGAUGGACAUGGGGACCGGACGCUGGGUACCCUGUGGCAGAACCAGCAAGCCGGAACUCGAACUCAACAAUUUAAUUCCAGGUCAAGAAUAUAAAUUCAGAGUGUCAGCUGUGAAUCCAGAGGGAGAAUCAACACCACUGGAGGCUGAAAAAUCAAUUAUUGCUAAAAAUCCAUACGAUCCUCCUGGAAAACCUGGAGUUCCUGAGCCAAGUGAUUGGGAUAAGGAGUGGGUGGACUUGAAGUGGACAAAACCUUUGAAAGAUGGAGGCAGUCCUGUUACUGGCUAUUUGAUCGAAAAGAAAGAAAAGGAUUCGAAUAGUUGGACGAAAGCAGCACAAAUUGAUAAACCCAUCUGCGAGGCGAGGGUUGAGAACUUGAUACCUGGGGAGACCUAUCAGUACAGAGUGAAAGCCAUAAACGCCGCCGGUCCUGGUGAACCCAGUGAUACCACCAAACCCCUCACUGCUAAACCAAGAAAAAUGCCACCAAGAAUCGAUCGUCGAUCGCUGAAACCGAUUACUGUGAGAGCCGGUCAACCCUUCUCACUGGACGUCAAAAUAGCGGGUGAACCACCCCCGAGUGUGCAGUGGAUGCAGGGAGACAAACCUGCCCCUGAACGGUACGACUUCCAAAUCAUCAAUGUUCCCUACAACUCCAAGAUAGAGUGCGAGAAGGCAGAAAGGAAAGACAGCGGGAUUUACAAGAUAUUUGCAAGAAAUCAACACGGACAAGAUCAGGCUGAUGUUGAAAUCACUGUUUUGUCCAAAGCCUCGAAACCAGAGGGACCUCUGGACGUGUCUGACGUGAAGAAAGACGGUUGCAAACUGAAAUGGAACAAACCCAAAGAUGACGGAGGACAUCCACUGGAGGGCUACCUGGUGGAGAAGCAGGAUCCUGACAGUGGAACGUGGGUGCCUGUCGGAAAGACGCACAAUCCUGAAAUGGAGAUAACGGGACUCACUCCUGGAAAAGCUUAUAAUUUCAGGGUCAAAGCCCUCAAUCCUGAGGGGGAAUCAGAUCCCCUGGAAACCUAUACACCUGUGAUAGCAAAAGAUCCAUUCAAGGAAUCCGGCGCCCCUGGAAAGCCAGAGGUGACAGACUGGAGCAAAGAUCACGCCGAUCUGAAAUGGACACCUCCAGAAAAUGAUGGGGGUGCCCCCAUCACAGCCUAUGUUGUGGAAAAGAAAGAAAAGGGUGGACCGUGGGAAAAAGCACUCGAAGUUCCAGGCGACAAGUUAAAGGCCACGGUGCCCAACUUGGCAGAAGGAAAAGAAUAUGAAUUCCGAGUUGUGCCCAUCAACAAGGCAGGUCCGGGAGAACCAAGCGAUCCUUCACAGGCUAUUGUUGCCAAACCAAGAUUUUUACGACCCACGAUCGAUCGAACGAUGUUCGAUGAUCUGACCAUCAAGGCAGGUCAGCCGAUCAAAUUCGACGUCAACGUGUCCGGUGAACCCCCUCCUAAAAUCACCUGGCAGAUAAACGACAAAGACUUGAAGAGCGAAACGAGGACAACCCUCGAGAAUGUUGACUACAACACGAAACUCACGAUGAGGAGAGUGACUAGGGCAGACAGUGGAAAAUACACCAUAACAGCUGUGAACGACAGUGGAAAAGAUGUCGCUUCUGUCAACGUCCUGGUAGUGGAUGCUCCCCUGUCUCCAGAAGGUCCACUCGAAGUGUCUGACGUGCACAAAGAAGGAUGCAAAUUGAAGUGGAAGAAACCCAAAGAUGACGGCGGUGUGCCACUGAUGGGAUACGAAGUCGAAAAAAUGGAUCCAGACACUGGCACCUGGCUGCCGGUCGGUAAAACAAAAGAACCGAGUAUGGAUGUUACGGGUCUGACUCCUGGAAAAGACUACAAGUUCAGAGUUAGAGCGCUCAACAAGGAGGGAGAAUCCGAUCCGUUAGAGACUACCAAGCCCAUAACAGCUAAAAAUCCAUUCGAUGAACCAGGAAAACCCAAUAAACCAGAGGUUACGGAUUGGGACAAAGACCACGUAGAUUUGAAGUGGACACCUCCCGCAUCAGAUGGGGGAUCCCCCAUUACAGGAUACAUCGUUGAAAAGAAAGACAAGUGGGGUGACUGGGAAAAAGCAGUGGAAGUUCCCGCAGACGAGACCAAAGCUACAGUUCCAGGUCUCAUCCAGGGUCAACCCUACGAGUUUCGCGUUAAAGCCAUCAACAAAGCUGGUCCAGGUGAACCCAGUGCUCCUACUGAUCCAGUUAUUACGAAAUCUCGAAAAGUUCCUCCAAAAAUCGAUCGAAGCAAUCUGAAUAAAGUUCGAGUGAAGGCAGGACAGUCAUUCCACUUUGACGUGAAUGUGUCCGGUGAACCUGCACCCACAACAGCCUGGCUGCACAAUGGCAAAAAAUUCUUAUCCACUGAUCAUAUAAAGCUUGAAGAUGUCCCCUACAACACCAAGCUGAACGCCAAACACGCCAAGAGAUCCGAUAGUGGUAAAUACACCAUCUCUGCCACCAAUGAAUACGGUAAAGAUGAAGCAGAUGUUGAAGUCAUCGUCCUAGAUCAUCCUUCACCCCCGAACGGACCACUGAAAAUAGAAGAUGUCCACGCAGAAGGCUGUAACCUGAAGUGGUUCCCACCCUCUGACGAUGGUGGUGCCCCCAUUGACCACUACGAAGUUGAAAAGUUGGACCCCCAGACUGGACAAUGGGUUCCAGCGGGAGAAACUAUUGGGGCAGACACAAAUCUGAAGGUGAAAGGUUUGCAACCCGGAAAACCGUACAAGUUCCGUGUGAAAGCCGUAAACAGACUCGGUGAAUCUGAACCUUUAGAAGCAUUUCAACCCAUCAUAGCCAAAAAUCCUUACGAUCCACCCACACCCCCUGGUCAACCGGAAAUAGUGGAUUACGACAAAGAUUUCGUAACAAUGAAAUGGAAGAAACCGACCAAUAACGGGGGAACUCCCAUCACUGGAUAUGUCAUUGAAAAGAAAGACAAAUACAACCCUGAUUGGGUACCGAUUCAGGAAGUACCAGGUGACGAGGAGAGAGCGACCGUACCAGAUUUGGCAGAAGGUAAUCAAUACGAGUUCAGAGUGAGGGCACUCAAUAAAGCUGGUACAAGUGAUCCCAGUGAGCCAACUGCACCCCACACUGCAAAACCCAAAAAACUUCCUCCAAAAAUCGACAAGAAUGCUAUGUUCAAUAUUCGGGUGAAAGCUGGAAAAUCGUUCGAACUGGAUGUCCCAGUAAGUGGUGAACCACCUCCGACCAAGAAAUGGAAUCUAGGAACAAAAGAGUGUGAUAAAAUGACGCGAUGGACUAUUGUGCACCAAGAUAACAGCACUAAGCUCACCGUUAGGAAUGCUGAGAGAGGGGACAGUGGUCAGUUGACACUUACUGCACGAAACCAGUACGGUAAUGAUGCAGCAACCAUCACUGUCACCGUCCUAGCUGCCCCCUCUGCUCCCGAAAUGAUGCAGAUCACAAAUAUCACGAAAGAGGGUUGCGUCGUCUCCUGGAAACCCCCAAAAGACGAUGGGGGUUCCGAGGUAUCUCAUUACUUGGUAGAAAAGAAGGAUGCAGAUACCGGAAAAUGGGUGCCUGUUGGAGAGUCCAUCAACCCUCAACUGAGGGUGGACAAACUGAUAGAAGAGCACGAGUACAAUUUUAGAGUGAAAGCUGUUAAUAAAGAAGGAGAAUCACCCUGGUUGACAGGGAGGGAACCCAUUAUAGCUAAAAAUCCAUUUGAUCAACCUGAUAAGCCUGGAGCCCCACAAGUGGUUGAUUGGGACAGUGGUCAAGCUGAUUUGGCGUGGAAUCCCCCACGUAGAGAUGGGGGAGCUCCCAUUACCGGCUACCUCAUAGAAAAGAAACCUAAAAAUAGUCCCAUUUGGGAAGAGGGUGCUAAAGUGGACGGUAAGGAUACUCGGGCCACUGUACCGGGCCUUAAAGAUGGAGAAGAAUAUGAAUUCAGAGUGACGGCCCUCAACAAGGCAGGUCCAAGUGAACCCAGUGAACCUUGUGCACCAUUCCUUGCUAAACCCAAAUACCUGGCGCCAUCUCUCGAUAAAUCCCUUCUUCACGAUAUCAGAAUAAAAGUUGGUCGUCCCAUCAACUACAGCAUACCGAUAAAAGGUGAACCCUCUCCGACUGUUACUUGGGCUAUCAACGGUAAGCCCGCAGUGUCCAAGAGGAUCGAGAUAGCCUCAACAGCCUCACUCGCAACACUGGACAUCAUGAACUCAGAAAGAACAGAUUCUGGAAAAUACACCCUCACCCUCCAAAACACGUCCGGCACCAUUGCUGCCACAGCCAACGUCAUAGUAAUGGAUCGACCCACACCUCCAGUGGGUCCGCUGGACGUGACCGAUGUUUGCAAAGAUUCCGUGUCUUUGAGCUGGAAAGCCUCCAAAGAUGAUGGUGGUGUGCCCAUUAAACAUUACCUAGUUGAAAAAAUGGACACUUCAAGGGGUACUUGGGCAGAAGUGGGGACGACAUCUGACUUGAAAUUCAAAGUUCCUAAACUCAUUUACAAGAAGAAGUACAAGUUUAGGGUGAAAGCUGUGAAUGAAGUAGGAGAAUCAGAUCCCCUGGAGAACAGGGACGAAAUCAUUGCCAAGGAUGCUUAUGAACCUCCUCAAUCCCCAGGCAAGCCUGAAAUUAAAGAUUACGACAAAGAUAGGGUUGACUUAGCCUGGACAGCACCGAAAGACACUGGCGGUGCACCACUCUCCGGUUACGUUGUUCAGAAGAAAGAACGCGGAUCUCCCAUCUGGACGAAGGCUGCAGAUGUUCCAGCUUCUCAGACAAAAUGCACGGUUCCUGGAUUGACGGAAGGGAAUGAUUAUGAAUUCAGAGUGAUAGCCGUCAAUAAAGCGGGUGAAAGUGAACCCAGCGAUCCAUCUGAUUUUGUGACAGCCAAACCGAAAUUCCUGGCCCCAAAGAUAACCACACCCAUGCGAGAAAUGAAAGUUCGUGGAGGUAUGACGUUAACUGCGGACAUCAAGUUCAUUGGUGAACCGGUACCGGAGGUUGAAUGGUCGUUGGACGGAAAACCCAUCAAGAGCAGUGAUCGAUUGACGAUAUCCAAUUUCGAUGAUCACACCAUCCUCAAUAUCAUUGAUGUGAAGAGAUCAGAUAGUGGACCCUACACCCUCACUAUCAAGAAUCCUCAUGGAAAAGAUAGUGGCAUAUUGGAUGUCAAUAUUCUAGAUAAACCUGGAGCACCAGAAGGACCUCUAAACAUUGAUGAGGUAGAUAAAGAUCGAGUGAAACUCUCCUGGAGACCACCAAAGGAUGAUGGAGGAAGUCCACUCACUGGCUACAUAGUAGAAAAACGUGACAAGACCAGAGGCGGAAGCUGGCUACCGGCAGUGGCGUUUGUCAAUCCUACGAGCCGCAGUUGCUCUGUACCCAAGCUCACUGAGGGAACUGAAUACGAAUUUCGAGUCAUGGCUCAGAAUGCCAAUGGAAUUUCUGAACCACUCACCACAGAGAAGCCUGUCGUCGCCAAGAGCCCAUACGGUGUGCCUGGUAGACCUGGACAACCAGAACCUGUGGAUUACGACCGUGAUUUUAUUAAACUGAAGUGGGAACCGCCACGGUCCAAUGGAGGAUCACCGAUUAUCGGAUACGAUAUCGAAAGAAAAGAUAAAAAAUCGAACAGAUGGGUCAAGGUCAACAAAGCUCCGGUUCCUAGUUGCAUAUUUACGGAUGAUACUGUGACUGAUGGACACCAGUAUGAGUACAGAGUGAGUGCAAAAAAUGCAGCUGGAAAUGGACUACCAAGCGAGACAACAGUGCCCAUAACUGCAAAACCAAUGAAAGAGAAACCCAAACUUCACCUGGAUGGUUUGUAUGGCAAAGUGAUCAGAGUCAAAGCAGGCGAUCCACUCCGCAUUAACAUGCCCAUGACAGGAGCACCAGCUCCCACCUGCACGUGGACUAAAGACGACAAAUCCUUGCCAGCAUCCAAUCGACUCCAGACGGAGUCUACAGACGACAGCAUCGGUCUGUCCAUCCCCGUCACCCAGAGGUCUGACAGUGGCAAGUACACCAUCACCGCGAAGAAUCCUCACGGGGAGGAUUCAGCUGACGUUACAGUCAUUGUCUACGAUAAACCCGGUUCUCCCAAAAAUUUCGAAUACUCAGAUGUGACAGCAAACGCUAUCACUAUAAAAUGGAAAAAACCAGACGAUGAUGGAGGAUCGGAAAUCACUGGUUACACAGUGGAGAAAUGUGAAGUGGGAGUGGAGAGAUGGGUCCCUGUCACCUCAUUCUGCCCCACAACGACUUGCGUGGCCAGAAAUCUGGAGGAGGGUAAACAGUACAGGUUCCGAAUCCGUGCUGAGAACAUGUACGGAGUCAGUGAUCCUCUCGAAGGAAAACCCGUUUAUGCCAAAAAUCCAUUUGACACUCCAGAUGCUCCAGGUCAACCGAAGGUGAAAGAUUUUGGUCCGAAUUUUGCUAACAUUUCUUGGGCACCUCCGUCCAGUGAUGGUGGAAAGCCCAUAACUGGUUACAUAAUCGAGAAGAGGGAGAGAGGCACUCCUGAUUGGUUCAAAGUGAAUUCCUUCCCGACACCCCACACAGAGUUCAAUGUACCGAACUUGAGUGAAGGCAAAACAUACGAAUUCCGUGUCAUGGCAGUGAAUGAAGGUGGACCCGGAAAACCAAGCAAGCCUUCUGCACCAGUCACAGCAAAGGAACAGAAAUUUGCUCCUAGUGCUCCAGACAUGCCACGUGUGGACAAAGUAACGAAGAAUUCAGUGACGCUUUCUUGGAGUAAGCCACUGCAUGACGGUGGUAGCAAGAUUCAGGGAUAUCUCGUUGAGAAGAGACCAAAAGGAGCAAAGGAAUGGGACAUCAUUAACACCAUCCCCCAUCCGGAUACUACAUUCACGGUGCCUAAUUUGAAGGAAGGGGACGAAUAUGAGUUUAGAGUAAUUGCUGUCAAUGACGUAGGAGACAGUCCACCUAGCAAACCUUGUGCUUUGGUCAAAGUAGAAGAUCAACCCGAUAAACCAAGGAUCGACGCAGGAGCCUUGAAGGACAUCACAGUCAAGGCGGGACAAGAGUUUAGCUUGACCGCUCCAUUUACUGGUUUUCCGAAACCAAACGCCAUCUGGUCAAGAAAUGAUCUUGAUUUGGAUGAAAAGGAUCCACGAUGUUUCUUUAAAGUGGGAGAUGAUUAUGUUGUUUUGGGCAUAUCUAAUUCUAAGAGAUCGGACUCGGGACAAUACAAACUCUUCUUGAAGAAUAUUUCAGGAUUUGACACAGCUUAUUGUAAAGUCACUGUUUUAGAUCGCCCUGGACCUCCAGAGCAUCUGAAAGCAGAAGAGGUGGAAGGUGAUUCCCUGACUCUGAAGUGGAGUCCACCUAAAGAUGACGGUGGAGCAGAGAUAAGCAACUACAUCGUUGAGAAGAGAGAAGUGGGCACCUCCAUAUGGUCAAGAGUGAGCAGUUUUGUGAAUGGAACAGCCACCAGGGUGCGCAAUCUAACAGUUGGAAAGCAGUACGAAUUCAAAGUGAUGGCCGAAAAUUUGUAUGGUACCAGUGAUCCAGCCACAAUGGAGCCUAUUUACGCUAAACUUCCUUACAAUCCACCGGGACCACCAGGCAUACCACAUUCCGUCGAAACUGGUACGGAAUCCAUCACGUUAUCUUGGACGAAACCGAGGACGGACGGAGGUAGUCCGGUCACUGGUUACGUCCUCGAGAAACGAAAGAUUGGGGAUAACAAAUGGACACGAGCCACCAAUGUCACCAUUCCAGAACUGACGCACAGAGUGGGCGGCUUGCAAGAGAACAGCGAAUACGAAUUUAGAGUGGCGGCUUGCAAUGCUGCCGGACAAGGUCCAUGGAGCUCGAACUCAGAUGGAAUAGUUGCCAGAAUGCCACCAUGUCCUCCAAAACUAGACACUAGUUUUGCCAUGAGAGACUUGACUGUAUCGGCUGGAGAACCCUUCACUAUUCGUGUUCCAUACACUGGAAGCCCGGCACCCACCGCAUUAUGGACAGUGAAUCAAAGUGAAGUAAAACCGGAUGAUCGCGUAACAAGUGAAGUCAAUGAAGAGUUUGUCGUGUUCCUCAACAAGAAGAGCAAACGCGAAGACUCUGGUAGAUACACACUGAAGCUCACGAAUACUCAAGGAUCAGACUCUGCAUCAUGCCGAGUCACAGUUGUUGAUAAACCUGGACCACCCCAAGGGCCACUGGAAAUUUCGGAUAUCACUCCAGAAAACUGUUCCCUGUCAUGGAAACCUCCACUAGAUGAUGGCGGUAGUCCAAUAACUAACUAUGUCGUCGAGAAAUUAGAUCCAGCUCUAAAUGCAUGGAUAAAAGUAAGCAGCUAUGUGCGUGGAUGCCAUUACGAUGUGGUGGGACUGGAGCCAAACAAAAAAUACAGCUUUAGAGUGUGCGCAGAAAAUCAGUACGGUAUCGGUACUCCCUUGGCUUCAGAAAAACCAAUCAUCGCCAAAUUCCCAUUCGAUGUUCCAAGUGCUCCCGGUACUCCGCAGAUCACAGACGUGGAUGAAACGAGCGUCAACCUCAUCUGGGAGAGACCCAAGAGUGACGGAGGAUCCAAAAUCCAUGGAUACCAAGUGGAAUAUAGAGAUCCAAGAGAUGGAAGAUGGAAACCCAUCUCUGACCAACUCGUCAAAGACACCACCUUGAGAGUACCAAAUCUGAUGGAAAAUACUGAAUAUGAGUUUAGAGUCAAAGCUAAAAAUGCAGCUGGUUUCAGCGUCCCCAGCAAACCGACAGCAUCCAUCAAGGCAAAAACAAAAUCAAGUGUUCCUUCUCCUCCAUUGAAUGUCCGUGUGAACAAAGUAGGAAAGAGUUACGUCGAUGUGAAAUGGGAUAAACCCCGAACUGACGGAGGGAGCAAGAUCACAGGCUAUAUUGUGGAGCGCAGGGAAAAGAACAGCAAUGUUUGGAUAAGAGCAAAUGAUUAUGUGACACCGGACUGUGAAUAUACGGUGAUCAACCUGAUGGAAAAUCACGAAUACGAAUUCCGAGUUUUUGCUGUCAACGUUGCCGGUAAAAGCGAUCCGAGCAACACUACCAUGCCCACUAAAGUCACUGACACGCCAGAUGGAAUGAGGCCGGAAUUCAUUCGCACACUUGCAAACACGAGCUGCAACUUGAAGAAGCCUGUCACUUUGGAAUGCGAAGGUGUUGGAAAGCCAUUCCCAACUGCUCGAUGGUUCAAAAAUGCUCGAGAAAUCCAUCCAGCUGGUCGCAUUGUUCAGAAAGAUUUGGACACUGGUGUGUUCAAGUUGGUAUUUUCUGAAGUGUGGGACACAGAUGAAGGAGAAUAUACGUGUGAACUGAGUAACAGCAUAGGUGCCAUAAAAUGCUCUGCAAAACUGAACAUUGCUUGUGCUCCCAAAAUCGAAAGAUGUCCCAACGAGGUCUCCUUCCCGGAGCACGAUAAUGGUAAGAUCAAGAUAUUCUAUUCAGGGACGGGUCCCUUUGAUGUCAAUCUUUUCAAAGAUGGCCUGGAGGUGAAGGAGGACAAGCACCUGAAGUACACUGUAUUCGAUGAUUACGCAAUCAUUUACCUGAGAGAAGCACUGAAGACAGACGAAGGGAAGUACAAGAUAAUUGUGAAGAAUGACAGCGGGCAGGCAGAUGCCACUUUCACAAUGAAAGUAACAGGAUUGCCGGGACCACCACAGGGACCACUAGAGGUGUCGGACAUUACACAGCACACAGCAACCAUUAGCUGGAGACCACCUGCAUACGAUGGUGGAAGUAAAAUCACGAACUACAUCGUGGAAAGGAAGGAAACGAGUCACAGUCAGUGGGUUGUGGCUUCCAGCUACUGCAGGGAAUUGGUGUUUACAGCUCAGGGAUUGACAGAAGGGGGUGAAUAUUUGUUCAGAGUGAUGGCCGUAAAUGAGAACGGUCAAAGUCAACCGUUGGAAGGUACCAAUCCAAUCAUUGCUAAAUUGCCUUACGACAAACCUAGUGCGCCUGGAAUUCCAGUUGUGACCGAAGUUGGGGGUGAUUUUGUGAAUCUUUCGUGGGAGAAACCAGAGAGUGAUGGUGGCAGCAGAAUCCAAGGAUACUGGGUCGAGAAGAGGGAGGUUGGUACCCUGGCAUGGCAGAGAGUUGGACCCAACCUCUCCAUUACCACCCAAGUGAACAUCGCCAACCUCAUAGAGGACAGGCAAUACGAAUUCAGGGUGUUCGCUGUGAACGAAGCAGGAAUGAGUCCACCCUCUCUCAACUCAACAUCAGUCAAGAUCACAGAUCCAAAUGCUCCAGUGCCACCAGAGUUUGUGAUUCCACUCCGAAAUGUGAUGGCCGUUGAAAAUAAGAGUGCCCAGUUUACAUGCAAAGUAUCUGGCAAUCCAAAACCAACUAUUACAUGGUACAAAGGAACGCGUGAACUGAUGGACGGAGGUAAAUACACUAUGCUGAAGGACGGUGAUUCGUACUCACUGGUUGUCAGUGAGGCUUACGGAGAAGAUGCUGAUGAAUAUGCUUGCAGAGCUACCAACAAAGGGGGUUCGCGGACAUCAAGAGCCGAGCUUCUCAUCAAGACUGCUCCUCACAUCUACGUUCCCCCAAGAUUCCGAGAACUGGCCUGCUUCGAAAAAGGCGAGAACGUUACUCUGAAAAUUCCAUUUACCGGAUUUCCAAAACCGAAGAUCAAGUGGUCAAAGGAUGGUGACGAAAUCGAGAGUGGUCACCGUUACGAUGUGACUGUGGGUGAGAGACACGCCCUCUUGACCAUCAGAGACGUCAACAAAUACGACAACGGACCUUACAGAAUAGUAGCCGAAAACGAAAUGGGAAUCGACUCGGCUAUUAUUAAAGUUCAAAUUAAUGAUAAACCGGAUCCUCCACGAUUCCCGGUUGUGGAGAGCAUAUGCGACGACUUCGUGACCCUCUCUUGGAAGGCUCCUUUGUGGGAUGGCGGAAGUCACGUGAGCAGUUACCUCAUUGAAAAACAAGAAUGCCCCAUGACCAGCUGGAUUCGAUGUGGAAACACGAGGUUCACCUAUCAUACCGUCCAGGGUUUGAAUCCGGGUAAGGACUACGUAUUCCGAAUAUAUGCUGAAAAUGUCUAUGGAAGAAGUGACCCCAGUGAACCCACUCAACUGGUCACAACUAAACAGAAAGAAAAAGAUCAUGCAAGAAGAAAGCAUAUAAUGUUGGAUGCCCAAGGACGAAGAAUUCGUGGAAAAUCGGAAGGAAAAAUUAGAAAUUACGACCAAUUCGUGUUUGAUGUCUUCGACAAAUACAUGCCGCAGCCUGUAGACAUUAAAACUUCCAGUGUGUAUGAUAAAUAUGACAUUCUGGAAGAAAUUGGAACGGGUGCAUUUGGUGUGGUGCACAGGUGCCGAGAGAGGAAAACAGGCAACAUAUUUGCCGCCAAGUUCAUUCCAGUCAACCACCCUCUCGAAAAAUCACUCAUCAAAAAAGAAAUUGACGUCAUGAAUCAUCUUCAUCACCCGAAACUCGUCCACCUCCAUGAUGCGUUCGAAGAUGACGAUGAGAUGGUCCUCAUCUAUGAAUUCAUGUCAGGUGGCGAGUUGUUCGAAAAGAUCACAGACGACAACUACUUCAUGAGUGAGGCAGAAGUAAUCAAUUACAUGCGGCAGAUAUGUGAAGGCAUGAAACACAUGCAUGAAAGAAACAUCAUUCAUCUGGACAUAAAGCCUGAAAACAUCAUGUGUCAGACCAAAGCGAGCAAUGCCAUCAAAUUGAUUGAUUUUGGACUUGCCACAAAGUUGGAUCCCAAUGAAGUGGUCAAAAUUUCCACAGGAACUGCUGAGUUUGCUGCUCCAGAAAUUGUAGAUAGGGAACCAGUUGGGUUCUACACGGAUAUGUGGGCGGUCGGUGUCCUGGCAUAUGUUCUAUUGAGCGGCUUGUCCCCUUUUGCUGGUGACAGUGACGUAGAAACGCUGAGAAAUGUCCGCGCUUGUGAUUGGGAGUUCGAUGAGGAAGCUUUCACCAACAUUUCACCUGAAGGAAAAGACUUCAUCAGCAAACUCCUUCUACGCAGCAAAGAGAAAAGAAUGACAGCUCACGAAUGCCUGGAACACCCCUGGCUAAAGGGUGAUCUCAGUCACGAUACUAAAAUUCGCAUUCCAAAUAGACGAUACGUUAAAUUCAGGGACGAGCUUAGAGAUAAAUAUGCUGAUUCUUGGAAGAACUGUCUACUACCUUUUGGUCAUAUCGCUAAUUACAGCUCACUGCGAAAAUUACACCAGGAUAAAUAUAAGAUACAAGAUUUCUAUUUUGAUCGUCUUCAAGCAGCUCCAAGGUUUGUCAUUCGACCCCAGAGUACAUUCUGCUACGAAGGACAAAGCGCAAAAUUCUUCUGCAGAGUUACGUCACCGGCUCCACCUACCGUAUCAUGGUAUCGUGAUAAUGCUGAACUGAGACAGAGCGUGAAGUACAUGAAGAGAUACGAAGGUCACGAUUACUACUUCGUCAUCAACAGAUCUAAACUAGACGACAGGGGAGAGUACAUCAUUAAAGCUGAAAAUCAUUACGGUUCCAGAGAUGAGCCAGUCUUCCUUAAUGUACAAUCUGUUCCAAUUGACAUUCCAAAGAUAGUUCUGGACGAACCAGUCAGGAAGAGGCAAGAAUUGCAGCCAGUGUUAUACGAAGAACCAAAAGACUGUCCACCACUUUUUACUUUCAUGCUCAGGCCUCGUGUCAUUCAAGUGGGAAUUGGUGUGAAACUUUUAGCUUGUUUAGAAGGAAAACCAGUUCCUGAGAUUCGAUGGUUCAAAGACGGUAGAGAGGUGGGUAAACACCAGUACAGUGUAGCCUAUAAUGCAGGUGUAGUUUCCCUCGAAAUACCAUCCUGUACUGUAGAAGAUUCUGGUACAUACAUUUGCACUGCCACAAACACACUGGGAGAAGACAGAACAACCUGUACUGUAAGAGUAGAAGAUCGAAGAGGGCCCUCCAGAGUUCAAUCUCCAGCCAUUACACCGCGUGUAGCAACACCGACAUCCCUUUAUAGUUCGACCAAAACUAGGCCAGCUCUUUCAAAGCCUACCAAAGAUCCAGUGUCAGCUACUCUGUCUGCGGCAGCUACCAGGUUGUCAGCACCAGAUUCGGCAAGACUGUCAGCUCCAGACUCGACGAAGAGAACUCAGAAAGCUUACGGAAAGAAAGACACGGAGGGUGGGACACCGACCAGAUCUCGAACGGCGACCAAAGAGCUCCUUCUCCCUGAAGACAAACCAAUGACUCCUCCUAAAUUCAACCAGACAUUGGGAGAUAGAACAGUGAAAGAUGGCGAAACUGUGACACUCAAGUGCACUGUAUCGGGUGACCCAGAACCACAAGUUGAAUGGACGAAGAACGGAACGGUGGUUCACUCCUCUAAAGAAAUAAGUUUGAAAUAUAAGAGUGGGGUGGCAACACUGACCAUCGAAGAAGUUUAUCCAGAAGAUGGUGGUGAAUAUGUCUGUAAAGCAACAAAUUCCAUAGGAGCCUCAUCUACCAAAUGCAAACUUAGCGUCACAGGAAAAUUGAAAGAAAAAGAUUCUGCCGAAAAGAAAAGUGGGGGAAAACCACCCAAAAUUAUCGAACAUUUGCAGAGCCAGGUGGUUAAAGAUGGCGAUCCUGUCACUUUGAAAUGCAAUAUUUCAGGUGAAUCUGCUUUCGAUGUGAUCUGGCUGCACAACAACAAAGAAAUCAAACCCAGUGACGACUUCCAAUACAUCCACGAUGGUGACCAAUACAAGUUGGUGAUACCAGAGAUAUUCCCUGAAGAUACAGGUACCUACACCAUAGAAGCCAUCAACGACAGUGGGGAAGUGUUUAGCACAUGCACAUUGAAUGUUCAAGUCCCAACAGAAAAAGCGAAGGGUCCAGAGUUCGCUACCUAUCCGAAAUCAAUGGCGGUUCAUGAAGCUCAACCGGUGCUCUUCACGGCCAUUCUAAAGAAAGAAGCAAAACGAACUGAAUGGACGAAAGAUGGCAGACCGAUCGAUCUGAAGAGUCCUCGAAUGAAAGUGAGUUCAGAAGGUGCCAAAUACUCUCUGUCCAUACCCAGUGCUGUUCUAACAGAUAUGGGUCAGUACGUCUUCACAGCAAGCGACCACAGCGGGCAGAAUGAAGCAUCCGUUUCUUUAAUUGUAUUCAAUGAAUGAGUUUAACGUACAACUGCUUUUUGGACUACAACGAAAACGAAACGAAUUUUUCUAUCGCAAUAAAAAGAAAACGUUGCACGUGCAACUAAUUUGAACUCAAUUGAAACCUGAAUUACCCACA